GUGUCUACGUGCCCAACUCCUACUCGAUCGCUGGUAGUGAGUGAAGCAGUGAUCGGUCUGUCCAUCAGCGAGCAUAAAAGGUGCACCCACUGAGUUGGUUCUCCAGAAGCAGCGCACACAAACACACCCAAGAAACACCUGAGGGACGGUGCAGCUCUGCUAGCAAGUGCGCGAUGGCGCCUCCUCCCCACGAGAACGAGACGAGCAGGUCGGAGUCGGCACCGGCCACCCCUGUGAAGACGGUGGACGUGCAGACGGCGGCGGCACCGGACGUGGGGGUGACGGCAGUGGACGUGCAGACGGCGGCGGCACCGGCCGUGGGGGUGACGACGGUGGACGUGCAGACGGCGGCAACGCCGGCCGUGGACACGAAGACGGUGGCGACACCGGCGGUGGAAGUGACGACGGUGGACGUGCAGACGGCGGCGAGGGAGCAGCAGGACGGCAUGAUGUACCUGGACGUGAGGACGGAGGAGGAGAUGGGGAAGGGCCACAUCGGCGGCUCCCUCAACGUCCCCUACUUCUUCGUCACACCACAAGGGACCCGGGAGAAGAACCCACGGUUCGUGGAGCAGGUCGCCUCGCUCUUCAGCACAGACCAACACAUACUCGUCGGGUGUCAGAGCGGCAAGAGGUCCGAGCUUGCCUGCAUCGAUCUUCUAGCAGCUGGAUUCAUGAAUGUGAAGAACGUGGGAGGAGGCUACGCUGCGUGGCUGCACAACGGACUCCCAGUGACAGUAGCAGUCCCCACGCCGCCACCAACACCUGAAUCUGCUGCAGCAAUCUGAAACAACUACGUACAUUAGUAGUACGUAGUACUAUCUGCAUCUAUCAAUUCUUCAGCCACCAGUGCUUUGUUGUGCUCUGCCUGUGUAAUGCAUCUAUGAAUGUAAGUCCAAGUGAAUGGAUGGACGGCUGUAAUAAUAAAACACAUCAGUGUGCCUGCCA